AUGCCAAAACGAGCCCGCGCCGAACCUGUCGAGACUUAUGACUCUGACGGUGGUUUCGUAUCCGAUGAUGAAGGUGCUGUUCGCAAGCCUAAAAAAUCCAGGACCACCAAAGCUACCAAACCCACUACAACAGCCAAACCCACAUCCUCCUCCUCCGCCAUCUCUCCUUCAUGGGAUCUCUCCACCGGCCGCACUCCUCGUAAAAUUGAGCUUUCAGACUUCAAAGGUCAAACACUCAUCAACAUCCGAGAGUUCUAUGAGAAAGAUGGAAAUGUGUUACCUGGAAAGAAGGGCAUCUCCUUAACAGUCGACCAAUACAAAAACUUCCUCAAAUCCAUCCCCCAAAUCAACGCCAAUCUUAAGAAAAAAGGUAUUGACGUUAGCCCUGUUGAAGAAGAGGCAGGGGAAGACGAAGAAGAAGAAAAGUCAGCUGAUGAAGAGGAAGAAGAGGAAGAAGCCGUAGGAACAGACUCAGAAGCCGACAAAAAAUCCAAGGGCAAGAAUAAAAAAGUCAAACCAGUGGCGCAAAAGGGCAAGAAAGGCAAGAAAGAGAAUAUUGAAGCUACGAGUGAUGAGGAAGAAUGA